UACUCAUAUACUAAUUUGAAAUUUCUACUCCGAACCUGCUUUAGCUAAAAUUGUUUCUCUGAUCUGGCAACGCAGUGAAAUAUUAUAGCUGUUGCUUCCACGUUACUUGGAUUAUAUUUUAUGUCUGCUGUAUGGUCAUAAUAAUCUUAGAUUGAUUGAUAUGAGUUUAUUAAAUUUGUGUGUUUCGAUUUGAUGUUGUAAUAAGCACUACGGACUGUGCGCAAAGCUAAGAUUUAGUAAGAGAAAGUGCUGUUGAGAAUUUUAUCUGCUGAAUUUUGCGAUGCUUUUAACCAAAAUAGUGUGCCAAUACACAUAGAGCAUAUACCCAAAAUCAGUGUAUGCGUGCAUUCUGACACACAGACGAUGUCAUUGCUCGUUACUGUCCCUACCGAAAUGAGUGUGCAAGCGCAAGUUAAGUCUUAAUAUUAUUGUCAUUUAUUGCGUUUAAGCAAAAUAUAAAAUGUGUGCUGCUGAGCGACAACAAUUGAGAUACAGCGAGCGAAUGAACGAGUAACCGAAAGCAGCGACGAAACUGCCAAACCUAAUACAACUCAUCUUACUAUAUACUAUAUAACUAUAAAAUUUAAAUAAAGUAAAGGACAAAAGUGUGUAAAAGUAGUGAGGGAACAACGGUCCCACAUUGCCGAGCGCGAAAAAUGUGUACUGUUUUUAUUGCUAUCACUGUGCAUAUAUCUCGCGUUUCGAUAGUCACAAUAAAUUUGUAUGUGACUGGUGCGGCUUGGGCAAAUGUGAAAAAUUUAUAGGAAAAAGUAUGGUAACAAACAUUUAAAGGAAGAAAACUGCUUGCUUAAAAAAACCGAAAAUUCCUAAAACCAAACUGCAAAUAAAACGGUCAAUGCUUAACUUGCAAUUAUUAUGCAACAUUCGGCUCGAGCGAAAUCUUCAAAACCAAGGAAAACUAGUAACAAAACCGAUACCCUUAUGUGUAUAAUCACGAACAUAUAAAAGUACAAGGUUCAAAAACCAAUUAAAAUGUAAUAUAAUAUUAAACAAAUUAUAAAGGAGUUCAACUUUUCUAAUGUCGUCGAUAUUACAGCGGCAAUUAACAUUGGAAAAGUUGAUAAAAGCACCUGUGCAUACAUGUGCCGCUCUUUUUCCAACGCUUUCACCGAUUUUACUUAACGAACCUGACACAAAUAAAACAACCACGCAGUCGCAGUCAGCUGUAGAUUCCUUAGAACGAUUGUGUGCUGACCCAAUGGCUAUGGCCGCCGCACAUACGUUAUUAGUUGCAUCCACCGACUAUAAUAUGCCUGCGACUGAUAGUAUCAAAAACCAUAGCAAUGAUAAAAACAGUAAUUCAAGUAUUAACGUACUAAACCAGCAAAACAAAUGCUCUGUUAGUAAUAAUGUUGACCAAGUUAUCCCUGCAUGUGUAACGCUAAAUUCUUACCCGUCGGUCCAUGUUCUACCAAUUUUAGUAGAUAUGCACUCUUCUCAUGAUGACAGCUUAAAACUAGCUGCAUCACCGGUGCAGUCUUUUUCAGAAGACAUAGCCGAUAUUGAGCACAUGUAUGCAUGCAAUAGAGAUCGUACAACUAAGCAGAUUGUCGAUGAAAAGCUACGCAGUUCAUCGGAUUUGAGUGGGUCUUCUGGCCACGAAGCCAAUACUCAUCAAUUGCUAACUAGUCACACUCGUUCAUAUUUUGAGCAUGACUUUGAACAGCAAGUAACACCCGUUGUACUUAUUCCUCAAGAUAAUCACCCCCAGCAACAGCAAAAAUAUUCGCAAACUCAAGAAACUCAAGCCAACAAUGAAGUCAUAAACGGUAAAGAAAUUGAUAUUACAAAUAAAGAGCACCAGACGGUAAAUAGUAAACAUAAAGGUGGGAGAGAUUCAUCUUUUAAUAUUACCGCGUUUAGCAAUAAUAGUGGUGCCAAUCCAAAUAGAGGUAUAUGUGGUAUACCGGGAGAAACUAAUGUCGUCGAAGCUGACACGCGAAGAAAUAUUUCGGUCCUUGAUGUGCUGCUUAACGACGAGCAAUCGAAGAAUAUGUUUAAACAUUUGUCACCACCUAAGAUGGGUCUAGCGCAAGCAAGUACACACGUUUUAGCCGUGCAGAAAAAUAUUGGUUCAAAUGCGGUUGAUGUUGGGCAAGAAAAUUUUCUACCACCUAACGAUUGUAGGAUUCCCGUCGGCAGUUCUACUCUUUUAUAUGAAAAAGAGAGCCAGCUCCUAACUAAACUCUUUGCUACAGAUCUUGUUAUACCAAAAUGUUAUACACCAACAAGUGCGGUAAGCUCCCUUCAUGUGGAUGCCGAAGAUAUUGGCGGCCCCAAUAAAUCAAGCAACCGUUCGCAGCGUGAUAACGAUAUGUUAGAUAAUGCAAAAGAAAAGCAUGAUGUUGACUUAAGUAUGCAAAGUGCGCGCUCUACUCUACCCUCCACCGAGGCCACAAAACAGUUAAACGUACCUCCCGCGGCACUUAAUUUGAUAACAGAAAUACUUUUGCUCCAACAAGACUAUCAGCACAAACAGCAAUCAGAACUACUAACAUCGGCUGCAAAUAAUGUUAAUAUUGCAAAUGCUUUACGAAAGGAUCAACAGCACAUGAAUAAGUUGUCGACAGCAUCUCCACUGUCAGCACCUUUGGCGCUCCCAUUUCCUUUCCAAUUACCGCUUCCUUUGCCGUUGUCCCUUCCUCUGCCGCUGCCGUUACCACUGUCAAUGCCUCCCAUACCAAUUCUUGAUAAUGCUAAAAAUAAUAACAGUAGCAAUUCGAUAUCGAAACAGUAUAAUUUCGAAGAGCCGGCGUUUCUAACAGGCGAUUCAACUGACGAAUUUAAAGAUCAGAUUUAUUUGAAAUCUAAGCACGAACCAGCAACACACCACGAGCACCAGCAAAAAUCAACGGCAUCUUCACAGCAACAGCAAGAAGCUUCGAACCAUUUUUUAACUACACAAUUUCUGUAUUCGCGUCUGUUACCCGCACUAGCCGAUAAUUUGAGGGAACGGGAUCUACAUAUGAUAGAAUGCGCGCCCAGUAUUUCGAUGCUACACACUCUUGCAAGCAGUACACUACCUUCCGAAAAUGUUAAUAAUAACAAUCGAAACAAUUUGCCAAACGACAAUAGUCAAAACAUUGAUACCAACUCAGCGUUUAAUACCGUAACCCUCUCUCCAAAACAAAGCAACACGCAAUACACGAGUAUACCCAAUUUACCCACCGACAUCAGCAGGACUGACAGGUUUAGUUCCUUUAUGACAAACAAAAAUGCAACUAGUACAAAUCUGAGCGGUACUGAGCUUUUAUCUGCACAAGAGGCGGCGCUUACGCAAGCCCAAAUACAACUUGAUAAGUAUUUAGGGCUUAGCAAUCAGUUUAUUGAGCUGACACAAAACAAUUUAACAAUAUCUGACAAAGUUACUGCGCACAUUGUACCACGCGUGUGGGAGAAUAUGCAGCAAUCUAAACAAUUAAUUCAUUCAACACAGACGCAGUUGAGUUUACUUAGGCGACAAUGCGCUAGCGCAAAGUUUUACUACGAGCGAACGAUGCGUCGGCUGUACUCAAGCGAUUCUAAGUAUCUGUCACAGUUACAAGCGCGUAAAAAAUCCUCCGCAUAUUCAUCGUCGUGGUGUCCGAAUAGUAUUUUAACUCGGGCAGCAGUAAUUGCAGCAAUGGCGGUUGCGUCGGAAUUACAGCCACUGCCGACAAACACUUUUGUUAAAACGGAGAGUUCUAUUAGUGAUAAAAGUGAAAUAACCGAUAAAGAAUGUGAGCGUGCUUUAGAUAAAAAACAGACAUUGUUAGAAAUAGAGACUGUUAUUGAGCGUUAUAUUAAGACGGUAUGCAAAAAUAGUGAACAUGCAGACGCAGUUGCUAAUGAGAUUAGCGGCAGUGACUUCGAACCGAGAUCUAAUGAUAAUUAUGACAACACAAGAACUCCUGCUUAUAGUUCUCCAGGAAUAGCUAAUAAUAAUGAUGGAGAAUAUGAAUUUGAAUGCAAUGCGAAUGUAAAGCGUGGUAAUAAAACAUCAUCACCCUUCACGGUUGGCAGCAAUGCAAACUGGCGACUGUUUGAGGCAUCGUCUCCUAUCUGCUUUUGGCAUCCAGAUAAUCGAGGGCUGAGCGUAAAUGAAAGCGUGCUUUCUGCUUCCGAAAUUAUACUGGAAUGUGCAGCAUUAAGUGUUCAAGCGCAUAUGCAAGACUCUUCUAUUGUAGUGGCUGGUGAAAGAACAUCUACCACCUCACACGAAUGUGAACCUGGUGGAAUAACUGAAAAUUCUGAGCACACGACUAUGGACGGUGAAACAUUUCAAGGCUUACUCCUAAGAAGAGUUGUAAACACGCGAUCAGGUUCCUACAAUGGCGAUCAUGACACUGAAGUAAUAAAGAAUGCAAAUAAUGAAAAAAAAGAAAUACAACAAUCUCUUUCAAGUGCGCCAAUGGCCGUGAAUGCCACAAACUCUCCUAACAUCCUGACACCAACGUCCACGCCAACUACUACACCGACGCCGCCCAACAUAAGUGCUGCUAUUGUUGGAAAAAAUUAUCGCAAAUCAAAUUAUGCUCAUCACCUCGAACCAUCAAUCAGCCCUGCAUCUACAACUACAAACUUAGUUCAUAAAAAGGCUUUAUUUUAUGAACAAUCGAAUUCUCAAACGCCUAGACAACGUUACAGAAGCAAUAAUAGCGGCGAUAUUGCUAACAAUAAUACUAACGAUAUCAACAUGGAAAACAAAAUUGAACCAAGUAAAAAACUUGAGACUCUGCAAGUUAUUCAGGCAACGUCGGAAUCAUCGGUUUCACCUUCAGUGGCAGUAAAUAUUGGGCAUAACAAAAAAAAUCUGGAACACCAACAACAGUAUACGCUUCUUCAGCCACAGCAGCAGCAGGCAGCGUUCAAUGGUUGCAGUAGCAGCAGCACUGGCGGUAGAGGCAGCGGUUGUUUAUAUGGUCUAAAUGGUCCAUCAUCUAAUACUAAUAGCGAAACAACUACAGCAGCAGUGGCGGCAUUGCAGGAACGCGCUUUAACCAAUAUUUUUAAGGCACGUUUUAACGCACUAAAGGCUGCAGCUGUAAUGAAUGCUACAGUGGGUAUUUCGGCGGCUGCUGCCGCUGCAUCCGUAAUAGAUGGACCGUAUGAUUUAAGCAUCAGCAGAAAAGCUAAGCAAACAAACUUGGAUAGUAAAAUAUCAACGGCUAAUCCACAAGGAAAUGAGUGCAAAGACAAUUCGAAUGAGAAGAAGAAACCGCAUAUAAAAAAGCCACUGAAUGCGUUCAUGCUCUACAUGAAAGAGAUGCGAGCCAAAGUUGUUGCCGAGUGCACUUUGAAAGAAUCGGCUGCGAUUAAUCAAAUACUUGGUAGAAGGUGGCAUGAACUUAGCCGUGAAGAGCAAAGUAAAUAUUACGAAAAGGCGCGACAAGAGCGCCAAUUACAUAUGGAAUUAUAUCCAGGGUGGAGCGCACGGGACAACUACGGCUAUGUUUCGAAAAAGAAAAAGCGUAAAAAAGACCGUUCACCCGCGGAUUCGGGAGGUAAUAAUAUGAAAAAGUGCCGUGCUCGAUUUGGUUUAGAUCAACAGAAUCAGUGGUGUAAACCCUGCAGACGUAAAAAGAAAUGCAUACGCUAUAUGGAAGGAUUGAGAGGUAGUGCCGGUAUCAGUGGCACCAAAGAUGAUAGCUUUCAGGAUUUGGAUGAUCUGGAUGACAAUGCUAGUGAUGAUAAUCUGGGUAGUUCAGGCAGUAUUAAUGACAACCACAAAACACCUGACGAUGAUACCGAAUCGCUGAAUCAUUCCCUAUCUAGUCCGGGCUGCCAAAGCGGUUUAUCUAGUCUUCAGAGCCCGUCUACCAGUAUGGCUAGUCCAUUAAAUCUGCUCCCUAGUCCUGCAACGCCCUCAACGGUCGGUCUGCCAUUUGGACUUGCUGACAGUCAACAAGAUCAGAAUGUUCAAAGUCAGCAGCAACUACAACAACCGAACAGCGGUAUCGAUUCAGCAGCUCAACAAAUUCGUAUGCAACAGUCGAGCCAACAUCAAAUUCAUUUAAGUCAUCAUCAGCACCUUCUGCAGCAACAUCAACCGCAUCCACACACUACAUCCUCACACAACGGUAUUUACGAGAAUGCCGGAAGAUCGUUUAUCUGUAGUGGUAGCAUUGGCGUCGGGAGGAGCACAAUUAUAUCUCCAUCUCUGUCAAAUAAGAGCUCCAGUAGCAUAUGUAUUAACAGCAGCAACACUCUAAUAAAUACCUCAUCAUCAGCGUCUGGUGUGACAACCACGCCCGCCUUCACAGAACGCACUAUGCGUUCACUUUUGAAUACUAGUCCUCCCGGGCUAUUGCUGAAUAACAAUUGCUUUCCACCAAGCGGCCUAGAAUCAAGCGCAGGAGCUAUAGUUUCCAUAGAACAUAUUCUCUCAAAUGGCAAUAAGUUAUCAUCCAGCACUGCACCCAACACUGCAACCACCAACACCGUGGGCAAUAGAGCUAAUGACGACUUAAAUGGUUUUAUUUCCUUCAAUAACAAUAGCGAUCCGUCUUUUACCAAUAGCACCGGCAAUAACAGUGCUUGUGAAAAUAAUUCAAUGGCAGUUACGUCGACACAGUUAGUCAGCGUCACAGUCAAACCUUUACCAGCCGCGGUGGCAAAAUCUAGCAUUUCAUCGUCCGCUUCAUCUGCGCCGUCUUCACCUGUUGGCGAUACUUUCGAAAAGGCAGUUGCUCCUGCUCAACGAAACCCUAUAGGCGCUAAUCCACAUGAUAUCAACAACCCGCUCAGCAUUAAUCAGCUGACGAAAUGCAGUGAAAGUACAAGCAAUACCAAUAAAAAUAUUGUGACAACUACUCACAAUAAUUUUAAGAAUAUCAUUGUAACGGCUGACAACAACAGCAAUUCAUCAUGUUUUGAUAAUAUAUCAACUGCAUCUAGUAGCAAUACUAACGGGAUCGCAACAAAGAAAUAUAAUCAUAACAAUCAACAACUGCCAAAACAACUAGCCUUACGGAUAUCCUCAACCGCCUCAUCGUCUCAACAACAGCAGUUAGCAACGACGUGUUUAUUACCGCCAGUACAGCAACAUUACCAGCAGCAAUUCCAUUUGCAUACGACUACUGGGCCGCCAACGCCACCAACACACCAUCAUGCAUCCCACCGCCAUUCGCAUGCAGAUCCACCAUUGUUCAACCAACAUUUUCAGCAAUUUAGUCAUCACUUGGCUUCCGUGGCAGCGGCGGCGGCUGCAGCAAAUGUUCACAUACCCAAUGUGUUGAGUGCUGCUGUUGUGAAACCCAAUAACAGUAUGCAACGUAAUACUACAAGCGAUGUUAUAGCUAACGAAGCAGCUUCAACAACAAUAAUUGAAGCAAUUGAAACUACUGCUGAGGAUAAGGCAUGUACAGAGAGCGUCGGAAAUAUGACAGCGCUAAAAUGCCAUGCCUCAGAGACAACAGUAGCGACAUCGACGACUAUGUCAGGUACAACAAUAGUAACGACGAAGACGCUGCCAGUGUUGGCUGCAGACAAUACAGCCCUUCUUAAUGUUAAUACAAACGCUUCCGGCAAUGAAAAUGGAGCAAUUAGCGUUACGUAACGGUAUCAUCAGAAGGGCGCACCGCAAACCGCUGAUAUUAAUGUAGUUUCGUUAUAUGUCAGAUGGCAAUUACAUAAAAAAAAGUAUUAUAACUAGUUUCGUUAUAAUUUACUUUUAAUAGUUUGUGAAUAUGAGUAUUACAAGAAUAAGCAAGUAUAGUGCCGAGUAAGCCUUCAAAACAUAAAUGUGAAUGUAAAUUAUAGUUGCAUACACGUCCUUUACUUGCUGUUAUCUUGCGGUGGCUUAGUUUUGGACUAAUGAAGCUGGAGAACUAAUUAUAAUGAAAUGUAUACAAGCAUACAUAUUCUAUAAUAGCUGGGUUAAUGUUUUCAGUAUCAACUAAAAAUAAAUUCUAUCUAUAUUUUUAAAGAAAUUGCAGUCACAUUUUUGUUAAUAAUAAUGUUAAUAUCCAAAACACUCAAAAGCGAUAAAUGGACACGGAUUUUUAUCCAGUCAAAGACUGACAACUCGGCCUUAUUUCUCUAAAUUAUUUCAGGAUUGUUGUUCACUACCAAACAAGCUGACUGACAAAAAUCAAGUUCAUGUAUAGAAACUUGUUUAUGUGAGAAGGAUAUUCUAGC